GCGAUUCAUCAGUUCAUGAUCAAUCUUCUCGUGCGUCUGGCACGUACGUUCACGAAUCGCGUAGUUCGGCUCAGUUCGGCUGAUUGCGGAUGAUUUUGGUCAAUCUUAUCGUAACGCGUUUCGCCCUACGUUCGCGUGUAAAUCUUCUAUUCAGUUCGUCGUUCGUUCCCGUUCCCUUGGCUGUUUCAUAAGUGAUCGGAAUCGCAGUAUCCAAACAGUGAAAAAUGACAUAUUUAGAUCCAUGGUGUCCGCGUUCCUGCAGCAACGUGAGAGGGGGAGAGGAAAAGAGAUGUGUCUGAAUUACAACAAUUUGCUCAAUAGCUAAUAGACUCGAUUCCUUUAGUUGCCUAUCUUCAUUUGUUUUUUGUUUUUCUUCCUUUAAUUCGCCCGUGAGCCCUGAGCUGGGCGAGAAGGGACGAGUAGAGGGUGGCGGGGGAUACGCGAUGGUGCAGAUCACGUAGAAAAGAAGCCAGAUGUAAGGGCCAAGCGGGAACCCCGGACCUUGCGCACCAAAGUCCGGCGCUUUAGCCGCAUCUUUCGCGAGCACUGUGCGCUUAUUGUUAGACUUUGAAAUUCCUCUGGUAUGCUUUUCACGAGCCAUUCACGAUGCCCGCAUAUGCGACGAUACUGCCAUAUCUCGUCCUAGGACUGUUAGGACCUACUUUAGGAAAAUGCUCAGGAAGAGAAGAAUGUGGCCCGCAUGAUCCAGGCAAAAGGAACCACUGUUAUGUCUUGUGGCAAAUUGACAACAUUACCAAAAAGUCUAUAAUUAAAUUGAAGGGAUGUUUUCUUGAUAGUAAUGACUGUUAUGACAGGCCACAUUGCAUCGAGAACAGUGCAGAAAGAAAGAAGGAACUAUUCUUCUGUUGCUGCGAUGGUAACAUGUGUAAUCAGAAUUUCACAUGGGACCCCCAUCCAACAUCCUCCUCCAAACCUAUCCAAUCUUCUGUUCCACAUGAAUCAGAACCCGUUCCAAACACAGAACAACAAAUAAUCACGCUUGUUUUAUCAGUAUCCAUACCCAUGCUCCUCCUUGCUAUUAUUUUACCAUUUUUGUAUUGGUGCUAUCGACGUAGGAAGUUGGGAUAUUUCAACGAGGUACCGACCUUGGAACCUCUUCCAUUGCCGCAACCAUCUCCCAAUUUGGGGCUACGUCCUAUACAGCUGCUGGAGAUCAAAGCUCGAGGCCGUUUCGGAGCAGUCUGGAAGGCGCAAUUGAAAAACGAAAUCGUCGCUGUCAAGGUGUUCCCUAUACAGGACAAGCAGUCUUGGCAGACCGAACAAGAAAUCUUCAAGCUUGCUCACAUGGAUCACGAAGAUAUAUUACGUUUCAUAGGCGUUGAGAAACGGGGGGACAAUUUACAAGCAGAGUUCUGGUUAAUCACUGCUUACCAUGAGAAAGGCUCGUUAUGCGAUUAUUUGAAAGCAAAUGUUGUCACGUGGCCCGAGAUGUGCAGAAUAGCAGAGUCCAUGGCAAGAGGUCUGAUGCAUCUACACGAAGAGAUUCCAGCCAACAAAGCAGACGGUUACAAGCCUGCUGUGGCUCACAGAGAUUUUAAGUCAAAAAAUGUUCUGCUUAAAGUCGACAUGAGUGCCUGCAUAGCAGAUUUUGGAUUAGCACUGAUAUUUCAUCCUGGGAAGCCUUGUGGUGACACACAUGGACAGGUUGGAACAAGAAGGUACAUGGCACCAGAAGUCUUAGAAGGUGCAAUUAAUUUUACGAGAGACUCGUUUCUACGAAUCGACAUGUACGCUUGUGGGCUAGUGCUUUGGGAGCUGGCUUCACGAUGUACUGUACAAGAUGGACCAAUUGGAGAAUACAGAUUACCAUUCGAGGAUGAGGUGGGUCUUCAUCCGACGUUGGAGGAUAUGCAAGAAAGUGUUGUGCACAAGAAAGAAAGGCCACUCAUUUUAGAAACAUGGUGUAAACAUCCUGGACUUCAAUCGAUAUGUGAUACAAUGGAAGAGUGUUGGGAUCACGAUGCUGAAGCUCGUCUUUCAGCUUCUUGUGUAAUGGAAAGAGUUGCUACGUUGAGUAGGACGCUUGUUUUACAUUCGUCGACAUUAAUAAGAGUUGAUAAUACCAACGAGACUAUCACCACUAAGGAAUCUAGUAUGUAGUUAAACUACGUGUAUUAUAGCUUUAGUUACAUUGCACAACCAUUUUCUGUAUCAUAAAAACAUUUUUAUCAUAUACAUACAUCAAUGAGGAAUGUCGAAAUACUGCAUGUCAUGCCGCGAUAAUUAUUAUAUUUUUUUCAUUCUAUUCCUUUUUUUAAAUAAGUAUUUUAUUUUUCGAACUAACG